AUGGCAUCCGAGCCCGACACGAUCCACCCUGCGGAGCGAUGCCGCUUGGGCCGCCUAAGUCUCCCCGCCAACCUGGUGCCCGAAACGAUAUCGGAAGUGAAGAAUCCUACCAUCAGCGCGGCGUGGUAUUCACACGCGGGAUCGCACCCGGCCGCGGAGACUCUGCCGACGGUAGAGGACGAGGAAGCGGAGGGAACGGAUGUAUUGUCCAUAUCCAUACGGGUGCACCCCGAAGCGGCGUCACCGUUGGUGGCACCCAGCACACCAAGACGGGAGACACCCGACCCCGAGCAAUUCUACACGCCGACCACCCUGCGGCGGCUCGUUGGCUCCCUCAUCUCCCCCUCCGCCUCGCCACGGCAACAGCGCGCCUGUAGUCUUCCGGGGCACCGACGUCGCUGGCGCAUGCGGGAAUCCACGCCGCUCACCGAAGCCAACGAGUCCACCUCGGAAGGGGACGAUUCGUACUAUCUACAGACGCCGGAUCCGCAUAGCCCCAUAGACUUCACGAACGACUGGGACCAGGUACCGAAGUGCAGUAAGCUCCUAUGGCGGCCGCCCAGUCGCGACGGAGUAAGGCGGAGCGAACGUCUUCGUCAGAUGUAUUACCCCAUCCACCAGGAGCGUCGGGUGCUCCGAGCUGUAUACGGACUCCUCACCUCCACCGUCGUCCUAUUCGCCUCCAUCCUACUUGCCAUAUACUUUGGCUGGCGCGCCGGCGUCCUCGGCGGGGUACCAGCGCCGAUAUCAUCACUCGAACUCCCACUCCCCGAAGUGCACCUUCCCACACCCCUCGCCUGCCUACUCGACCCCACCUGCCCCGCCUGGUCCGACUCCCGUCAUCACACGAUCCACACGCUGCUCACACGCACACACAGCCACCUCGUCUCGACCGCCACCUUCCAAAACAGCAGCAACACGCUCCUCCCGCCGCUGCUCCUCCUCGCCGGCUCUUCGCAGCAUGACCUAUGCGCGACCAUCACCGAGGUGAACUUCCACCUGGCGGCGUGCACGCGGCUGCUAAGGCGGUUCGGCGGCUACCUCCUGCAGCAGAGCGGGCGCACCUCCUCUCCACCGCAGGGCGUCCCCGCGAUCUCCUCGGCGGCGUGGGAAUCCACGCUGCGCCGGAACUAUGCGGGCCUCGUGAGCGCGCUGCGCUGGCGCGCGAGAGCUGUCGAUAGGGCGCUGCUGGACGCGCAGGGCGGCGUGCGCAGGGUGCUCGGCAGGGUGCUGGAUCUGGAGGCGGACGAGGCCGACGUCGAGAGCUCGGUCAGGCAGAUGAGGGCGCUGGCGGGCGGCGUGAAGAGGCUCCGCGAGGGCCCCGUCAGCGCUUGGGCUAAUGGGCUGGCUGGAGGCGCGACGGAGGGCGCGGGCGAUCUGGGAAAGGCGUUCGGGAGGUUCUAUGGCGCGCUGGGUGGUUUGGAGGGAGGUGCGACGGCGGUGGAGGCGGUGGGUGGGGGUCGCGAGCCUGAGGUGCUGCAGGAGCCGGUGGCAUUGGAGGAGCUGAAGCCGUUCGGUGGGGGUCGCGAGCCUGAGGUGCUGCAGGAGCCGGUGGCAUUGGAGGAGCUGAAGCCGUUCGGUGGGGGGGGCGAGCCCGAGGAGCUGCAGGAGCCGGUGGCAUUGAAGGAUCCGCAGCCGUUGGGUGCGGACCCGGUCGCAGAGGACAUGACGGUGGAGGGGAUGAGGCAGAGUUACGAGCAGGCUAUGUGGUAG